AGCGAUGGGAACUCCCAUAAGAACUAACGAGUAGGGCCUCUCUAGACCUGCGCAGCCUUCAUCGACGGAAUACAUGAAGCCUGUACGGCAGCCAUGCCGCCGGCGGAAGGAAUCGGGGUGGUGAAUUCGCAGACGAAGACCUCUUACGCUGCGGUGGUAAGGGAUCCUAUCCCCGUCCAACGAUUGCACACUUAGGCUUGCUCCUUCUCCCACGCAUCGGACCUGGGCUCAUCCGGAAUCUUCAGAGGGUUUCCAUCGAUUUCCUUCUAUGACGAUGAUUUACAGGUUCUCUCCCAUCCUUUCCGUUUUUCACUGGUUGGUUCUUUCCCCUCUGGUCGCCCCCCCUCCCUGCGAUUCGUAAAGCGUUUGAACAGUUAGGUUUUUCUGAGGCCUAUUCAGUUGGUCUGCUUCACUCAAACAUUAUUCUGAUAAAUUUUAAAUUAGAUCUUGAUUUUCACAAAUUUUGGGAGAAAAAAACAUGGGACUUCUUUGGAUACCAGAUGGUGGUUACCCGAUGGACUACCAGUUUCUCUAUCGAACGUGAUUCACCUCUUGCCCCGAUUUGGAUUUCGCUCGACGGACUCCCAGUCCACCUACAUGAUUUAAGAGCCAUUAAUUCUAUUGCUAAACUUUUGGGGAAGACAAUACGAAUUGAUGCUCAUACAGCAAACUUUUCCAGACCUUCCACAGCCUGGAUUUGUGUUGAAUUAGAUACCUCACUUGAGCUGCCCCCAAAAGUCUGGAUUGGCUACGGUGCCACUAGUUUUUUCCAGACAAUUGUUUAUGAAAAUAUUCCUUUAUUCUGUCAUAAUUGCUCUCGUUUAGGCCACAGUGUUGUUAAUUGCCCUUGGGCAACUAGACCUUUGGUGCCUAAAAGCCAGGUUUGUGACCCCGUGAUUUGUAAUUUUUCAAAAGCUAGUGUUUCCCCUAAUAUUGUUGCUCGAACCCCGGAAGCCUCUGUUAAUGUAUUGGAUGCCCCUGCUAUUAUUGAUGGUGUCCCUAAAGUCCCGGUUGCCCCUGUUAUUGAUGUUCUUGAUGCUUGUCCUAAAGUGACGCAGGUUACCCAUGAUGUUUUGGCUGCUGAAUUUGCAGUCACCUUUGAUUUGGCGGUUUUGCGGGCUGAUUUCACAACUACCACUGAAAUGGCCUCUACUCAACCCCCUGUUAAGUAUUCAAAUGAAUGUACCCCUACCAGUGUAUUUUGGUUUUCUUAUUUUUCUGCAGUUCUUGUUGUAACUUCACUUUUAGUCAAAGUGGUGAGGAAGGUAGUUAGUUGGGGAUACAUGUGCUGCUUUUAUUCUAUAUGUGAAUCUUAUCCCCGCAUAUUUGUUAAACUUGUCAUUGUUAGUGCACAUUAGUUAAUAUAUAUCUAGAUUAUAAAAGUGAUUAUCAGAUUCUAGCAAGUAGAAACACUACUAUUAAAGUUAGUAUAUCAAACUUAGUACCAAACUAGUUAAUAUCUAUUAAUACAGAAAGAGGACUGGAAAGCACAAAGCACAAAAGAAGUCUGGAAAAUAGAAAAAUAGAGUAAUAAAACAAAUAAUUAAACAAAUCUACCAUAUGAGUGGUUAAGCUAAAUACUUUAUAGAUGAGUGGUUAAAUACUUUACACAUGAGUGGUUAAGCUAAAUUCCGGAGACCGGACCUCUUAUUUCAGCAUGGAGGGAGUAUUUGUUAACUUGUGAUCAAAUAUUUGCCUGGUUUCUUUUACUUCAGAUAUUGUAGUUUGUUGUGUACUGGAUUAGAUGCUCGAAAAGCUGGCAAGACAGGUCUAGCUAGUCCAAUAUACGAAUGGGCUCUUUCUUCCGCCUCAGAUGAUUUUGUCUAUUUAUGUGGUAUGUUGUCACAACUCUUUUUUAAAGGCUUGUAAAUGGAAGAAUCUCAUGGAUCCCUCUUACUCUCUUAUUAAUUUCUUUUAUGUAUUUAAUAUUUUAUUAAUCACUUAGUGUAGUUCUGUGUUACUUGGGAUUUUGCAUUGCAUAUAAUUCAUGAUUUGAAAUGCUUGGAGGAGGAAGUUGUGGGGCCUAAUUUAUGUUGGUUCAUAAGCAACCGUGAUUGUAUAUACACGUGGGAUCAAAUUUAUAAAAGAGACAGAAGAGACUUGACUUUCAUUUGGUCAGUUGAAACAUGAAACACAUAUGACUAAACUACCACUACUUGCAAACUCAACCCUCUCAUCUAAUUAGUCCGAAUCGAAGGGUGCCAACUUAAAUAGGCUGUUGAUAUGACUGUUGAUAUUUUCACGUCCCUUGAAUUAAGCAUUCAAUUAUUAAAGGUUCGGCUCCCAUGAUUGCCUCUCCUCUCAUUAACAGGUUUGUUAUCAGCAGCUUAAGGUUGUAUUUUCCCUAAUAGUGUUGUGCAUAAAUUCUUUUCUUGACCAGAGUAUGGAUCAAAUUUCUAGAUAUUUCACUUCUUAAGCUCAUUAAAGAACUGCAGUUUCUUCUUAUGUGACUGGUUGUAGUAGUGAUAGUAGUAUCAACAUCCUCAUCCCUGCUAUGUUGUGGUCCAUUUAUAUUGUUUUAUUUGUUAGUUUUAUCAAACCCUCUGUCAACUUUUCUGAUUUACUAUUGGGGAAGUUUUGCUGUGUUGUUUUCAUCUCAGUAUGUUAUAGUGAGAGUUGCCCAUCUCUUACUACCAUUGAUUGAGAUAUUCGUCAAGUAAUAAUACAUAUGAAGUUAUUUUUUGGGUAUUUCAACCUUUGUGUAUAAUAGACUUUGCCAAAGUUAUUGACCUCUUGGUGACACCACAAGUUCAAGCUAGAUAUAAGUCAUGACUUUGGACAACAAAUAAUUGAUAGCAUAUGCAGUGCAGGUACCUUGAGUUAAUAAAAUGAAGCUCAGAUGUUCUAUUAUAGGUAGUAUAUGUUUUAAAUGGAGCAUUCUUGUUGUUUUUGACACUUAAUUUGGAUCAAAGAGAUCAUUAGAAUUAUUAGUUCAUUUGUUUUAAUGUGAUAUUAAUGUUUCUAUUUUUACAGUCCUUGUUAUUACAUUUAUAUGUAUGUUUAUAUUAAAUACUUUUUCUGUUUUGUUUUUCAGGACACCUUUAGAAGAAUAUUAAAUGAAGUUGAGAAAGUUGUUGGUUUUUUAAUUUAUAUUACAUCAGACACAAGUCACAGAUGGAAAUAUGGAAAGGACACAAGCUAUCGGUACAUAAAUAUGGAUGCUUAGAAAUGUAAAUAUACACUUUGACCCUUGGCAGAACAAUGGUUUUGUUUGAAGUUGUCAGAACAAUAGUUGGCCAGUGAUAUCUAUAUAAUAUAGUAAAACACAAAAGUCCCAAGGAGGGAGAACAAUAGAUGGCUUGAAUAUUCUAGAAUGAGAGCAUGUUAGGGUAAUUAUAAACGGUGCUUUAGAUGUUCUCAAUAAUGGCUGGAGAGCUAAUUUAAUUAAUGCAAUUCUGAAGCAAUA